CGGGGGCUCGGAGACUCUUCUGGGCGACACAUGAAAGCCAGACUCAAAACAUGGUUACACGACAAUAAAGUGCAGAUUGUGAUGCUUCAAGAAACGAAGCUCGAUGAACCAAAACUGCAACAACUCGCACAUUGGUGGAGGGCAGAUCAGAUCUGGUCCCCAGCGGACGCCACACGGGGAGGGGUUGCCAUUUUGGUGCAUCGCAAUCUGCAGUUAGAGAUCUUGGACCGUGACGCCGAUUUGUGGGGACACUGGGCGUGGAUCGAGGUCUUGAUUGGAGAUCAGCGGUGGAUCUUCAUGAUAGUCUACGUCCCAUCAGAUCCUGGCGAAAGAAGAGCCUUUUUGGAAGAGCUCCCACACCUCAUCCCGCCUGGCCAGAACAUCGUCCUCGCAGGCGACUUCAAUGUCACAAUCCAACCGGGUCUCGACUCUCCAACUCCUUCGCCGCAGAAGCUUGAUGCGCUGACGCUGCAGAACUUCACGGAAGACAACUCCUACAUGGAUGCUUAUCGGCAUACUCACCCCACUGAGCAUGGCUAUACUUGGUUCUCCUCACGGCGUAUUGGGGAUGCCCCACCGCCAAAGAGAAGAUUGGAUCUGCUAUUGACGAAAGGCGCGCCCUGGGAGUCUUUGACAACAGCUGAUGUAAUCAUUGCACCAGGUUCGGAUCACAAGCCUGUGGUAGCAGAAUUCGUCAUGGACACCAAACUUCAGUGAGGACCGGGUAUUUUCAGACUAAAUACAGAUCAUCUCAAUAAUCCGGAGAUAC